AUGUUAUCCCCUAUCAAAGUAGCCGCUACCCAGGCCGAGCCAUGCUGGAACGACUUGAAAGGCAGCGUUGCCAAAACGACACGGCUGAUACAAGAGGCUGCGGGUAAUGGUGCCAAGGUCAUUGGCUUUCCUGGGAUUUUCAUCUCAGGAUACCCAUGGACAAUUUGGGCCAACUCACCUGUUAGCAAUGCUGGCUUCAUGAACGAAUAUUUUCAUAAUUCCCUUGAAAAGGAGUCUGAAGAAAUGGAAGAGAUCAAAACCGCCUCCUUCAUUGAUGAGACCGGCACUAUUGUUGGCCAUCGACGGAAAAUCAAGCCAACCCACGUGGAGAGGGCAUACUGGGGCGACGGCCAAGCAGAGUCCAUCAAAGCUGUCGUGCCUUCAUCCUUUGGUAACAUUGGCGGUUUGAACUGUUGGGAGCACACUCAGCCUCUACUACGCUACUAUCAGUACUCUCAAAAUCUGGAUAUCCAGGUGUUCAGCUGGCCCUUGUGCUGGGAUCCUCUCGAGGGUCAACCGUGGCCAUAUCAUUUGACCCCUCCGGCCUGCAACAGGUUUUCCCAGGUGAUGGCGAUGGAAGGAGCCUGCUUCGUCCUUGUCUGCUCGCAAGUCCUAACGGAAGCCGGAAAGCUCGCACAAGGCUGGAAAACUUCUAAUAUGCUCGAUGCCCUGGUGGUGGUUUCAGGAUGA